AUGGCUAAUGUUGAUCGAAAUGCCCGGAGAGCGGUUACUCGGCCUCGAAGCCCACAGGCGGCCGUCCAUUCAGCACCACGACAAGCUCAAGUGUCGCUCUACGUAUUUCUAUCGCUACUUGCUAUACGUGUCGUCAAUGUCUUCGUCGUUCAGACUUUCUUCCAGCCAGACGAAUACUUCCAGUCUCUUGAGCCAGCAUGGCAGCUUGCAUUCGGUCCAGACAGUGGAGCUUGGAUCACAUGGGAAUGGCGAGAAGGUCUUCGAUCAUCAAUCCAUCCCAUGCUCUUUGCAGCAGUCUAUCGCUUCGCUGAUCAAAUUGCCAACAUUCUGAAGACCGCACCUGACAGUCGUGCUCAGAUCUUGAUCGUCGCACCUAGGAUCGCUCAAGCUGUCAUCGCAGCGAUUGGCGACUUCUAUACUUGGCGGAUAGGCUGUGAAGCAUACGGACCUCAACACACUGCAGCCUAUGCCACCUUAGCACUGACAGUACUUAGCCCUUGGCAGUUCUUCUUCUCCACCAGGACGUUCUCCAACUCGCUAGAGACGACACUUACUGCUGCGGCUUUAUACCUUUGGCCAUGGUAUUGGUCACUCCGAAUGGAACGAUCGUCCAACGCAGCAACUCAGUCUGUAGCACCGCGCAAAGCUGCUGAUCUGGAUACCAAGGAAAUGGUCGAUCAGUUCAAGAGCUUCUUGGAAGGCAGCGAUCCUAUUUCGAAAGGCAAGACGGAAUCGACAGCCAAUCAGUCGAGAUCAAAUGCCAAAGAGGCUGUUCUUGACGCUCCAGAUAACCUUUACUAUGCACUGGCGACUGCGGCGGUAGCGUGCACACUACGCCCAACAAAUAUUGUCAUCUGGGCCACGAUUGCUGGCAUCAUAGUAUAUCGUUACGGUAGCUUUGACCGGGCCAUCAAGCUUGCUACAGCGAUCUUGAUCUGCGGUACCGGUGUGCUCGCUGUCUCCAUAGGCAUGGAUAGAUCAUUCUAUGGCAAAUGGGUCGUCCCACCCGUCAACUUCUUAUACUUCAACAUUGUCUACGCAGUCGCGGGCUUCUAUGGCAUCAACCGUAUCGAUUACUAUUUCUCCGAAGGUCUUCCACUGCUCCUUACAACUGCACUGCCGUUCGCCGUCGUCGGAAUCUGGACAUCACUGCGACCCGGCAAAGACCUACCUUCUUUCCAAGGCUAUAACGAACGACAAACCAGAUUCGUGCUUUCGGUCACAGUGCUCGCUACGGUCAUAACCAUGACCAUGAUCGGGCACAAAGAAAUGCGGUUCAUCUAUCCACUACUUCCGAGCCUCCACGUCCUUGCUGCAAAGCCCAUGGCCAACUUCUUCCGCAACAUCACAACCGAUAAAGUUAGACUCGGCAUACUACUGCUGAUGCUCACGACGAACAUCUAUAUCGCCGCCUACACAACCCUGGUACACAAACGCGGCGCACUUGAUGUAAUGCACUAUCUCCGGCAUCGACAAGAGGAUCGACUGCAUCCGAUACACUACGGCUACGCGGAUCAGAUCCAUCCCAUAAGUUCUUCCAAUAUCACCGUGGGCUUCCUAAUGCCCUGCCACAGCACACCCUGGCGCUCGCACUUUGUCCACCCGCAGAUUCAAGCAUGGGCGCUGACAUGCGAACCACCCCUCCAUCUCUCGUUGGAAGAACGAAGAGACUAUCAGGACGAAGCGGAUGUAUUUUAUAAUCAUCCUGGAUCAUGGAUAGAUGACAAUCUGAAGGAUCGAAGUCUCAUCUUACCUAGUUGGGAGCGUAAGAAGCUUCAAGGUCAGACUGGAAAGAAUGCGGUGAGGAGAGGUGAUGAGGAGAGGAGAGCAUGGCCCGAGUAUCUGGUGUUCUUUGAGCAUCUGGAGCCGGUUAUGAGUAUGGUGCUGGAGGAUACUGUGUAUGAGGAGUGCUGGAGAGGUUUCAAUACUCAUUGGCAUGACGACUCAAGGAGGAGAGGAGACGUGAUUGUUUGGUGUGUGAAGGACUUGCAUCGAGAGUCGUUUGCAAGGGCCAAUUAUGGUAUAUAG